UGCGGGCGGGAACGCCCCCUCCGGUCCCGCGGGGCCUGGCACGCCGGGCUCCGCGGUCGACAUGGCCCACUGUGCGGCGGGCGGCGCGGCCCCCGCGGCGCUCCUGAGGUCCCCGGGACCCGACAGGAAGCGGCCGCCCGGGAAGGGGCCCGGGGAGCGGCGCCGGCUGAAGGCGGUGGUGUCGGAGCAGCUCAGCCGCGACGUGCUCAGGCUCUUAAGGGAAGAAAUCCACACAGACACUGUUCUUUCUGUUGGUGGUUCUUUGUUCAAAGUGCACAGGGCAGUCUUGCUAGCCAGAGCUCCUGGCUUUCAUUUCCACGUCAUUGGACAGACGUCGAGGGGCCUAACAAAUGAACUUGUUCCUGUGGACAAUGUUGAAGCUUCAGAAUUUAGAGCCUUUUUACAGAUUAUAUAUUCGUCAAACAAAAGCAUAAAAAACUAUGAAGAGGAAAUUCUUAAAAAAAUGAAAGUGGAAAAUGUAAUGCCAGAAACAAAGCCCGACAUUAGCUUUCAGGACUGUGGAGAUUCGUCCACUUGUUUUCUUGGGAAGUGUGAAAUUCCAGAGGAUAUUACUGGUGGAGGCGGCAGUUUUAUUUCCAGUGAUAAUUAUGACCUGGAACCUGCAUCUGAAUUAGGAGAAGAUUUGUUGAAGCUUUAUGUGAAACAGUGUUGUCCCGACAUCAAUAUUUGUGUUGAUGGGAAGAGUUUCAGAGCUCACAGGGCCAUUUUAAGUGCCAGGUCUGGUUAUUUUGCUGCCAUGCUGAGUGGCUGCUGGGCUGAAAGCUCCCAAGAGUGUGUCACUCUUCAAGGUAUCACCCAUGUAGAAAUGAAUGUUGUGAUGCAUUUUAUAUAUGGAGGGACUUUGGAUUUACCAGACAAAGCUAAUGUUGGUCAGAUACUGAACGUGGCUGACAUGUACGGCCUGGAAGGGUUGAGAGAAGUAGCAGUCUACAUCUUAAGAAGAGACUACUGUAACUUCUUUCAGAAGCCUGUUCCCAGAACAUUGGCAUCGAUUCUAGAGUGCCUAAUUAUUGCUCAUUCAGUUGGAGUGGAAAGUCUUUUUGCUGACUGCAUGAACUGGAUUAUAAGCCAUUUUGCAAGGUUUUGGUCAGAAAGAAGCUUUGCAAAUGUGCCUCCUGAAAUUCAGAAAACAUGUCUCAGUAUGCUGAUUCAGUCCUUAAAUCACAGGAAUGCUGCUUUUCUUCUGAUGGAAAGUGACAAGCUAAUCAUGGGUUUACCCAGAGUGAAGUGGACAGAAGCAGCAUUGUCGAUGGCGUCCCAGCUGCAAGAAGAGUGUGUGGCAUUUAUUGUAGAAAACUUCUCAAAGAUCAUUGAGAGUGAAAAUUUCACUUUGCUCUUACAGUCACAAGCAAUGAGCAGCACAGCUCAUCUGUUGGACAAAAUUUUUAAAGCAAUUGAAGACAAUAUUACCACUGAAAAUAGUUGCUCCCUCCUUAUGGCUCUGGACACGUUACUGAAUUCUGAAAGUACAAAGGAAAUGGGCUUUACGUGCAAGACCCAAGCUGUGCGUGAUAAGCUGUGGACCUUCCUGGUUCAGUCUUUCUAUGCUGUUCGUCACACAGAAGGCUGGAAACUGAUGCACAUAGAUGACCAGCAGAAAAUCCAAGCAGCUGCAUUUGACAAAGGUGAUGACCGAAGACUUGGCAGAAAGCCUGUGCUCACCAGUUCUCAGCAAAGGAGACAAGGUUCUGAAGUUGAUGUUAUAAAAAAAAGACCCUGGACAGAAAAUAACAAAACACCGUGUCGAACAUAUCUCUCUACUAAUCAGAAGAUGAAAUCUGAUGGGUUAGGAGCAGCUGGACAUACAUCCAGCACUAACAGAAAUAGUGUAAAUAAAGCAUUCAAGCAUGAUGAUAAUACAAAAAUAUCCAAAGUUACAAAAGAAUUGAAAACUGAGGGGAAAAAUGUUUCUGGCAAGUCUAAAACUAUAAUAAAGCCCCAGAUAGAAAACAGUGAUAACACCAAGUUGGAAGAUCUGUCAUCCAAAGUUGUAGAAAGACCAGCAAGAGUGGCAGCAGAUGGACAGAAGGACUCGGUGCAUGGGAAAGGAGUAAGGCGCCAAGAAGCGCAGACCACGGGGGCCAGGCCCAAGGUCCUCACUGCAAACCUGAAUGUGCAACCCAGAGCCAAGCCUUUGAAAACAGUGGCAAGUAAAGAUUCUUCAUGCCGCACCACUGUGGGACCUUCCAGUAGAUCUGCAGAUUCAAGUAUGGAGCUUCUGACUUCCACUGGAUGUGUGGAUGAGCCCAAAGAAAACGGAUCGGUGGGAGACAGGUCAUCUGACGAGAAGCCGCAUUUGAGUGACUCUCCAGGACAGGCAUUGAGUAAUGGAGUUGUGUCAACUGUAGCUGUAAAAUCUCGACCAGUUUCAAGAAUUACCAAUGGAGCACCCAAUAAAAAAAGCAUUCAUGAACAGGACUCUAACAUAGGUGGAAGUGUAAUAAAAAGGGUGAGUGGCAAAGGCCUUAAUGACCCAGCACCACGGGCAACUGUGAAGAAGAGAGGGAGCAGCAAUGGACACACAGUAGCUCAGCCACGGACAAAGAGUGCCCCUCCCACCCUGACUCAGAUUCAAGGAUCCCAUGGCGAGUCCCCACACUCUGUGAGAUCUUCAGUGUCUUCCCGGCAGUCUGAUGAAAGUGUGACAAAGUUGAGGCACAGUCCAGCUGCAGAUAAACAAAUACCUAAGAGGAAAAUUGUCAGGCAAGGACAUGGAACUUUGCAGAAGGUCAAUGCAAAAGUGGUGCCCAUGCCUAAAAACCCAGGUCAGUCCAAGAAAGGUGGAACUCUGAGUAACAAAGAUUCAAGACAGAAAGUGCUUCCUGGAGAAGGGAUGCUGCAAACUCAGGCUUCUCAGAGACCUUCCAAAACCAAAGCAGCCACCACACAGAAAUGCAUACUUCCCAAUGCCAGUGACAAGAACCAUGUUCUUAAACAGAGGUCUCACAGGUCCCUGGUUAACCUGGCUUCUGAGAUCAGUGGUGCAGAAGCACUCCAGUCCCUGUGCAGACCACACCCACAGAAGCCAUUAAACAGUCAAGAAAGGAGGAGACCCCAGCUAGAAUGCCGAAGUAGUUCAAAGCUGGAGGAGUCAAUAAAACAUGAGCUGAAGCCAAAACAAACCAGUGUAGAUCAAAGUCACACAUCCAGUUGCAGAGACUCGAAUCAUUGCAAUGCAAAUUUGAAUUGUCACAGCAUCACCGCUCUAAGAUCUGUGACUUCAAGUCCAAAUGAAAACUCCAUAAACUCUAACCCAGUCUGUGAUUCAGACUCAGCAGAGCAAAUCUAUAUACUAUCAGAUAGAGAGAAACAAAUAGGAAGAAAAAACACAGACCCUAAACCAAGUAUGAACUGUGUGAAAAUGAAAGAAGGUUUACUGUGUGUUCCUGAAGGGACAAGUGGUACCCUAAACUCUGUUCAAGACGAAAGAAAAUCAUCAGUUCAAAGCCAGUUACACGAUGACUCUGCUACCAAGGACAAUAAAUGUGCUACAGUCAGCUCAGCUGUUUCUUCCAGAUGUCUUUUGGGAUACCCAUCAGAACAAAAUUAUAAAAAUAUGGAAACAUCAGAAACCCCAGAGAGCCAUGAAACUCCAGAAGCUCCAUUCCUGGGUCCCUGGGAUGUGCGCACCAGUGCCACACAUCAGAGAGAGAGCCCAGAAUCGGACACUGGCAGUGCUACCACGUCCUCGGAUGACAUAAAACCCCGCUCUGAAGACUAUGAUGCUGGAGGGUCUCAGGAUGACGAGGGCUCCAAUGACAGAGGCAUCUCCAAGUGUGGCACUGUGCUGUGCCAUGACUUUCUCGGAAGAAGCAGCAGUGAUACCAGCACCCCAGAAGAACUGAAAGUGUAUGACACUAACCUAAGAAUUGAAGUCAAAAUGAAAAAGCAAAGUGGGAACGACCUUUUCCAAAUUAACUCGACGAGUGAUGAUGAGAUUCCCAGGAAAAAGCCAGAAAUUUGGUCUCGAUCCACGAUAAUCCAUCCCAGGGAAAAAGAAAGUAUUCCACGAGGCAUUAUCCCAUUUGCUCAGGAAAUGGACCAGGUUUCUUCUUCCGCAGAUGAAACAGAAGAUGAAAGAUCGGAAGCAGAAAAUGCUGGGGAAAAUUCCUCCCCGUCCAACUCAGGUACUCAGCACGUUCAGGGAAUAAUUAACUUAGCUUUUGAAGAUGGGACUGAACAUGAAAGUCGUGAGUUUUCUGCAACUAAAAGGUUUAGAAGGUCGGUGUUGCUCUCAGUAGACGAAUGUGAAGAAGUGGGGUCUGAUGAAGGAGAAGUUCACACCCCCUUCCAACCCUCUAGAGAUUCUCUUUCACCUUCUGAUGUUUUUGAUGGUGUUUCUUAUGAGCACCAUGGAAGGACAGGCUACUCCAGAUUUUCAAAAGAAAGUGAAGAUACUACUGUACAUUGUAAACACAACAAUAAAGGCAGUAGUGUAUAUAAAAAUGAAAGCAUUCUCCUGGGUCCUAGUAGCAAAGACUCUUCAAGAAAAGAUAAACAGAGUGUCUCAACAGACCAAAAGAACAGGUUAGAUGUUCCAUCCACAGGAAGCCAACAGCUUUCUCCAGAAGAUGAAGAAGUAAAUAAUAGAAGUGAGGUGGCUAAUGACUUCCAGCAGCACAGCAUGCUCGUGGAUGGUGACACGAAAUCUCAAGAAAGACCGUGUCAUCUGGAGCUUCAUCAGAGAGAACUCAGCUCCAGCAUACCAAAGAUCAGCUCAACAAAAUCUCUAGACUCCUAUCCGAGCCAAGUUCUGCCUCAGGAAGGUCAAGUGAAAGAGAGCCAUUCCACAGCUCCCAAGAAAGCUAAUAAUGCUGUGUUUUCAGGAGACAUAGAGGAUUGUGGCACACUGGCACAAACCUGCAUGUAUGACCACCGGCCUUCACAAACCCUCUCUCCAGUCUAUGAGGUGGAUAUAACAGAAGCAUUUGAGCAGAAAGUGGGAUCAGAAAUCCAUGUCAUAGACAGGGACUCUGAAGACGAUCAGCACUUUGCAAAACAGGACUGGACACUCCUGAGACAGCUGCUCUCUGAACAAGACGCAAACUUAAAUGUCACAAGUUCUCUUCCUGAAGACCUAAGUUUAGCACAGUAUUUAAUCAACCAGACACUCUUUCUAGCUCGAGAUAGCUCAGACCCUCAGGGUUCAGCACGUGCUGACACUUGGAACAGAUGGAGUGAAGUGUCAUCCCCACUGGAUGGUUCCUCAGCAAGUGCCACCAUGGCCAGUGUCCCCUCUGAAGAGUGUUCACCUCUCGGGGAGUGGACAAUCCUGGAACUGGAAACUCAGCAUUAACAGUUCCAACAUUCGGGAAAAUUUAAACUAUGCCACCCCUGUAUUUUUUGAUGCCUACAUUAUAUUUAUAAUUUCAUUAGCCAGAUAUAGACUGCCCUUAAAACUGAUGAAGUCUUUUCAAUUUAUUGAGGUAAAUAUAGCUUAUUUAUUAAUAUGUCUAAUGUUAAAAAUGUUUUUCUAAAUUUUUGAGCAUGUUUUCCAUAACUAUUAGAGGGAUUAGAAGACUUAUAGAAAAUCUUUGCUCCAGUUUUCUUUCCUAGCUGAUAAUUUGUUCAUUUAUUCAAGAAUUCCCAUGUCAGUGCACAAGGAGAUCAACCCCUUACUUCUUACAACCCCUUGAUUCUGCAUAUGGUACCAUAAUAAUUUAACAAUAAACUUACUGUGUGAGUGUGCA